AAGGAAAUAUCAAGAGGAUUUUCCUACGACAUUUGGAACCAAAAGUAUAGAGCCUAGAGGUGCCUAUUGCAUACGCCCUCCCUAGCACCUCCGAUCUCUCCCUCCCAGCCUCCGAUUCUCCAUGGGGGGGGAGCUCGGCAGGAACAUCGAAGCGCUCAUCCAACGGCUGAGGCUCCACCAGCCGCCUCCUUCCCCUUACUCCGGUGAUCCCUCCACGGCGGCAACCCCUGCCGCCGCCGAGCUCUUUCGGCCUCGGAGGGCCGCCGUGCUGGUCUGCCUCUUCCAGGGCGCCGCCGGCGAGCUCCGCGUCCUCCUCACCAAGCGCGCCUCCUCCCUCUCCACCCACUCCGGGGAGGUUGCAUUGCCAGGAGGAAAAGCUGACGAGGGUGAUGCUGAUGAUGCAGCAACAGCAUUAAGGGAGGCGAAGGAGGAGAUCGGGCUUGAUUCAACCCUGGUCACUGUCGUUUCCUCGCUUGAGCACUUCUUGUCCAAGCAUCUUCUGGUAGUUGUUCCUGUUGUUGGCAUACUCUCAGAUAUACAGGCAUUCAAACCUGUCCUUAAUGUUGGUGAGGUGGACGAUAUUUUUGAUGUACCUCUGGAGAUGUUCCUCAAGGACGAGCACAGGACAUCGGAAGAGCGAGAAUGGAUGGGGCAGGAAUUCACACUUCAUCACUUUAAUUAUGAGAAAGGGAACAAAAAGUACAAGAUUUGGGGCCUUACUGCCGGCAUCUUGAUACAUGCCGCUUCAGUCGUAUACCAGCGGCCACCAGACUUUGCUGAGCGAAGAGUACAGUUCAACUUGCCAAAAUACUCGAAGGAGUAUUCUUCAAUGCCAUGAUCAGGAUUAAGAUGCAUAUACACCUAGUUCGGCCUUGUCAUAAGGAAGACUAUACCACAAGAAUAUCUUGUAGAAUCUAAAUGGUUUCCAAAUCAUAUGCUGCCAUAUAAUUGAUAUUCGUGGCGCCAUUCUUUUCAUAAUAAUACAGCAAUAACAUUAACAUUCAGAAAAAAUGUUGAUGUUGUUCCUAUUGAUGUGACCAAUGGCUUGCUAAGGCAGUUAGAUUAUUACAGAACAUUAACAUUCACAAAAAUUAUAGGACCGAAAGUUUCUGAAGACCUUUUCGUAC